AUGAGCUGUUUGGAUGUUAUGUACCAAGUCUACGGUCCUCCCCAGCCCUACUUCGCAGCAGCCUACAGCCCCUACCACCAGAAACUYGCCUUUUACUCCAAAAUGCAAGAAGCCCCGGAGAGCGGCAGCGGCGCCGGCAGCUCCUUCUCCAGCCACCCCGCGGCCAGCAUCAAGGAGGAGGACUGCAGCCCCGAGAAGGAGCGACCCCCCGAGGCCGAGUACAUCAGCUCCCGCUGUGUCCUCUUCACCUACUUCCAGGGGGACAUCAGCGCCGUGGUGGACGAGCACUUCAGCCGGGCSCUCAGCCAGCCCAGCAGCUUCUCCCUCGGCAGCGCGAAGGCGGCGCGGAACGCGGGCUCCUGGCGGGAUGGUUCCUUCCCAAUGAGCCAGCGCAUCUUCCCGCCGUCCUUYUGGAACAGCACGUACCAGCCCUCCUCGGUGCCGGCCAGCCUGAGCAGCCCCCUGGCAGCCGCAGCCCACAGYGAGCUGCCCUUCGCCGCUGCCACCGACCCCUACGCGCCCGCCUCCCUGCACGGCCACCUGCACCAGGGCGGCCCCGAGCCCUGGCACCACGCUCACCACCAUCACCACCACCACCACCACCACCCCUACAUCGGGACACAGAGCACGGCCUACCCCCGCCCCGCCGCCAUGCAUGAGGUCUACGGGCCCCACUUCGACCCCCGCUACGGCUCGCUCCUGGUGCCCACCGCCUCCGUCCGGCCCCACCGCCUCACCCCCGCCUCGGUGUCCACGCCGGUCAGUCCGCCCUGCGAACUGGGCAAGAGCGAGGCGGGCGCCGCUGCGGCAUGGACGACGCCAGGCCCCUUCCCCAAUGCGACGGGGGACAUGGCGCAGAGCAUCGGCCUCAAUGUGGACACAGCUCGCCGUUACUCCUUCUGUGGUGGAUCCCUUCUGAGCUGA